AUGGAUUUGAAUGAAUUGCAUGGUUUGGUUUCGAAUUUCACACAUGAAAAUAAUGAAAUUCGAAAUGCUGCCGAGGAGAAAUACAAGUUAUAUUCGGCAGAAGUUCGAUUUGUUGGACUUUGUCAACUUCUCAGUUUGGAAAUCAAUGAUGAUGUGAGUUUUUUUUUGAUUGGAAUAAGCCUUAUAGGUUCCCAAGUUCUUCUAACUCUGAUCAAGUUCCAAGAAGAAUUUUUAUGAACGUAGAUAAGGUUCUUACACAUAUAGUGAAGCUGUUCAGGCUCUACCAGUUUUGAUUUUUCAAAUAUAUUUUUUUCAGGCCAAAGUCAUGUCAUUGGUUUUGAUUCGUCGAUUAGUGGCAAGCGAAUUUUGCAGUUUCUGGCCAAACAUUGAUGAAAACACACAGCAAGCUAUUCUCCAAAUGUUGAUUCAACUUGGUUCAAGUGAUAUUAGUCUUCCAGUUCGAACAAAACUGAUUUUGGUUAUCGGACAAAUCGCUCAUGAAUUUGUUGAUGAAGAGACUAGUGUACAGAAAUGGAGAGCUGUUAUUGAUUUUCUGUCGUUUUGCGCACAAUCAAAUGAUAUCAAUUUCAAAUGUUCAGCUUUGCAGUUAAUCGAAGCUUGUGCAGAUAUUUUUGGAGCUGAUUUGUAUAAUUAUUUGCCAGCGGUCAAGAGAGUUUUUGAAGAAGGAUUAACACAUGAAUCCACAAAAGUUCGUGUAAAUGCUGUCAAAGCGUUGGUUGCACUUCUAAUUGAUUAUGAUGAAGAUGAUCAAGUUCUCAAACAACUUCAAUCUCUUGUCCCAGCUAUAAUCGAUAUUUGUGUUCAUGUUGUGAAAACUGACGAAGACGAUGAUUCUGCUCUUCAAUGUUUGGCUGAUCUUGCCGCAACAAUUCCAAAAUUGUUGUAUCCACAUAUCACGACACUUUUCAAUACUUGCCUUGAGAUCGCAAGAAACACUGAAGUUUCUGAGUGCUUCAGAAGUUCUGCAUUGGAAAGUAUUGUUGCGUUUAUUGAAUCGGCGCCGAAAACUACAAAGAAACAUCAAGCACUUUUGCCAGCUGUUGGUGAGUUUCAAAUGAAUUUUUUUUUGAUAUUAAUAAAAAAAAAAUCAAUAAAAAUUUUCCAGUGAGUUGUUGUCUCGCUAUGAUGACUGAACUUGAAGAUGAAUUGGAAGAGUGGUUGACUUCAACAGAUGAAGAUGAUGAAGAUGCUGAAGAAGUUGCGAUGACUGGAGAAUCAUCACUUGAUCGAAUCGCUUCAGCGCUUCCUGGAAAUGUUUUCUUGCCACAUUUUCAAUCAGUUGUGGUUCGAUUGAAUGCUGAUGGUUAGUUGAGGGUUCUUCUUCUCAUAAACAAUUUGAUUCUUACAGGUGAUUGGAGAUCAAAACAUGCGAUGCUUCGCUCAAUCUCAACAAUCGGUGAAGGAUGUCGUCGUCAAAUGGAAGCUAAAAUCGAUAUGUAUAUGAAAGUCAUCUGUCCUUUCUCAAAACAUCCACAUCCAAGAGUCAGAUAUGCUUGUUGUAACGCGAUCGGACAAAUGAGCACUGAUUUCUCGCCGAAGAUUCAGAAAAAAUCGCAUGCAACAAUUGUGCCAGCUAUUAUAACAUGUUUGGAGAAUUUGGAAGUUCCAAAAGUUGCAUCACAUGCUGCAUCAGCACUUAUUAAUUUCUGUGAAGGAUGCCCACAGAAUAUUAUGUCUGGAUAUUUACCAAUGAUUAUGAAAAAAUUGACGGGAGUCUUGGAAAUCUCAUUCCAACAAUUGAGCAAUAAACAAAUGAAAGAGUUGGUUGAACAAGUUGUAACUGCAAUCGCUUCAGUCGCCGAAUCAGCUCAAGAACUCUUCAAAACUUAUUAUAGUGAUCUUAUUCGACCAUUGUUUUUUAUUUUGGAAAAAAGUGAUAAUCAAGAAUCGAAAGAAUUACGAGGAAAAACCAUCGAAUGCAUCACAUUUAUUGGAAGUGCAGUUGGAAAAGAAAUGUUCCACGCGGAUGCGAUUCAAAUUAUGAACAUGUUAUCCACAGUUUUUCAAACUAUGAGUGUUGAAGAUACAGAAUAUAUGUAUAUGAUUAGCUCAUGGACAAGAUUUUGCACAAUUUUGGGAACUGAUUUUGCUCCGUUUUUGCCGAUUGUUAUGCAACCUGUUAUGAGAGCAGCUACUUACAAUGUGAGUUUUUUGAAGGGGUUUAGGAAGUUUGAGCCUGAUCGGAAUCGAAAUUUCGGAAUUCCGAACAGUCCUGAAUUCAGAAUCCAAAACAAAUUUCAUUUUUAAUUUCAGGUUGAUGUUGGAGUAAUUGAUAGUGAGGAAACAUCUACCAGCAACGAAUAUUCAUACACUGAUAUCGGAAAUGGAAAUGUUGUUCGACUUCGAACAACUGGAAUUGAAGAAAAAGCGACAGCUUGUGAUAUGCUUGUUUGCUAUGCUCGUCACAUGAAAGAACAUUUCAUUCAAUAUGUUGGACCAGUCACUGAAGCUAUGCUCAAAAACUUGAACUUUGUUUUCAAUGAUGGAGUGAGAACAUCAUCAGCUGAAGUUAUGGGUGCACUUAUUGAUUGUGUUUCGAUUCAAGGAGUUCAAGCUCAACAAAAUCUUGCCAGUCUUUUCAUUCCGGCUUUGAAAGAAGCAAUCAUGAAGGAGAAUGAUAUUGAAGUUAGCGGAGAAUUUAUUGGAGUUUUGUCUGGUAUUAUUGGAAGUCUCAAAACUGAAGGGCUCACCCAAAGUUAUGUCUCGGAUUUUGUUGAACUCAUUAACCACGAAAUGCAAAACUAUAUUGAAUUCAAAGUCAAGUAUGAUGCUAGUGAAGAUGAUGAAGAAGAUACCGCAUCAAAUGAUGAUCUUGAGAUGUUUUCCUCAUAUCUGGCACAUAUUUCCGAUUUUAUUCAUUCACUUUUAAAAUAUACAAAAGGAACUGUUUAUAGUUCAUGUCAAUCGCUUUUCACAAUUUCGAUGAGUCUGAUUCAAUCUCAAAAAACUUAUUUUGAGCGACAAUGGGGAAUUUGUAUAUUGAUUGAUUUUAUCGAAUUCGUUGAUGUGGUGAGUAGAUCAAAUAAAAUCACUAAAAUAUUUUAUUGUUUUUCAGAACAUUGGCGAAAUCUUCCCAACAAUCUUCCAAUGUCUCCGAUCACUUUUAAUCGAUGAAUUCGCCGAAGUUCGUCAAGCUGCUGCGUAUGGAAUCGGAGUUCUCUCCGUAAGAUCGCAUGUUUCACCAAUGUAUAUUCAAGAAGCUAUCCAAUCAAUACCAACUUUAAUCAGUGUUAUUGAAGCUAAAGAAGCUCGUGGAACUAUGUUGGGUAUUACUGCAACAGAAAAUGCAAUUUCUGCAGUCGUCAAAAUUUUGCAAAAUGAGAAUACACCAACAAUAUAUAAUUCUGAUGAUGUUGAUGCACGAUUUUCGAAAUGGCUUCCAGUUUUUGAAGAUAAGAUGGAAGCAAUCUUCACAUAUAACUAUUUUUAUAAACUUUAUACGCAGAAAAAUCAACUGUUUUUCGGGCCAAACAAUACGAAUCUCCCGAAAAUUCUAUCAUGUGGUAAGAGAAAUUUAAAAAAAAAACUUGUAAAUAAUUUUUACAUUUUGCAGCUUUGAUUGCAAUGACAAUGGAAAAUUUCGAAGACAGCGAAGGAGUUGUGAUCAAAAAUCAGAUGCUGGAAAUUGUCAAGGAUAUGUAUCAAAAUAGUCCACCCGAAUAUUUCCAGUCAAUUGUAGAAAGCGCCAAAUUAAAUGCGAAUCAACAAGCGAUGUUGCAGAAAAUCUUCCAAUAA